AUGGAUAGAGACUGUGUUGACCCUCUUGUAACUCAUUUAAGUUUUUCUGAUGACCAACUGAUAUUCUUCGACGGAUCAGCAGAAUCAUUACACGGUAUUCUCUCAGUUCUAAGAGACUUCCAGCAGAGCUCUGGCCUGGCAUUAAAUCUUCGGAAAACUUGCUUGUUUCUUGAUGGAAACAACAUGAUCAACUCGGCAGAUAUAGCUUCCUCAGUUGGUAUAUCCCAAGGCUCUCUCCCUGUUAGAUAUUUGGGGCUUCCAUUGCUUCCAAGAAAACUUCACAGAGGAGAAUACCAGCCUUUGGUGGACAAAGUUCGAGCAAGAGUGACUUCUUGGACAUCACGGCAGCUUUCUUUCGCUGGCAGGCUACAGUUGAUUCAGUCAGUUAUAUAUAGCAUGAUCACUUUCUGGUCCUCCAUCUAUCCUCUUCCAAAAGGCUGCUUUGACAUCUUGGAAAAUAUUAUAAAUCCUUUUCUUUGGACAGAUGCCUCUGCUCGUGGUGCAAAGGUAGCUUGGGAAUCAGUCUGCUCUCCUAAGGUCUGUGGUGGUUUGGGACUUCGUCGGUUGCAGGGAAUUAAUACUAUCUAUGGUAUUAAAAUGCUAUGGAAGAUCUUCUCAGGUUCAGACUCCUUAUGGGUUGCUUGGGUAAAGAAACAUUAUCUAAGUGACAACAUGUUCUGGAUUGCUGAUUUCUCAAACGUCGGGAGUUGGAUUUGGCGUAGCUUGAUGAAUAUUCGACAGACAGCAAGGCCUUUCAUCACAUGUCAUGUCAUAUCAGGGCGAACAGUUUCAUUUUGGCAUGACGACUGGACAAAUGCUGGUCCUCUUCGGAUACUCACAGGGCCCUUGGGACCUCAAGUAUCUGGAAUUCCUCCCGAUGCGACAGUCUCGUCAGUGGUAAGGGAAGAUGGUUGGUCUGUCUCUCGCAGGAGUAGACACUCUAUUCUUGUUACCCUUCGUGAUGUGCUUCCCGUACAACCUCCUGAUGUUCAUGACAUAGAGGACGAUUACUACUUGUGGAGAAACGAAGUAAACGAGCCUCCUUCACCGUUCUCAUUAUCAAGACUCUGGACAUCUCUAUAUCAAGAACCUCCUCGAGUUUCAUGGUACAAGGCUGUCUGGUUCGGUAAGCAAAUUCCUAAACAUGGAUUCAUUCUUUGGCUAGUCAUGAAAGACCGAAUGUGUGAUUAUUCGUUGACGGUGUUGAGAACUAUGUUCGCAAGGAGUGGUCUUGCUAUCCCAACACAGAUUGCAAUGGUGGUUCCUUGGAUCAUAUCUAUUAGGCUGGAUAGAAAGCUAAAAACUAUCUACAAUCUGGUCAUUCAAGCUGCUGUCUACUUCAUUUGGAAAGAACGGAAUUCACGACUCCACAACCAGACUUCAAAGCCAGCUCACUCUGUUGUGAAAGAUAUCUACCUUCUCCUUAGAGCAAAACUAUACUCUCUCGAUAUGGAGCAAAGAGCUCUCCCCUCUGCUGCUCAAAGAAACCGGCGACAUUCAACGACGACUACUUAUCUCUUUCUCUGGUUUGAAAGGAUACAGGGUUAG